CAGUGUCAGAAGAGCUGUGCGCCUGUUUCAACAUGCUGCAGUCGGCUCUGACAUAAUCAAGUGAACAGCAGUAAAAGAAGCAGCCGCCUCGAGCUGCUUUGACAGCUUUAAGUUUGCCUCGGUGUAUAAAACCCUUUCCUGGGACAACAGGCUUGGACUAAUGCACGCCAGGCGUCCAUUUUGCCUCUGACAGUGGUGCUUUAUGAUAACCUGACUUGUCAGAUGUGGGCAAAAUAAAUAGGGGUGGGCUGUGGUAAGAGGAACAGGAAGAGAGGAGACGAGAGAGAGAAGGUAGCAAGGCAGACAGAAAGAGCGAGAGCUUGUCACGUCGGCAUGUGAAACUCUUCACAGCAGAUUCUUUUUUUUUUUUUCUUCACAAAGAUAUUCACAAGACAAGUGGCAAGCCAAAAAUGCUGCGCUCAGUCUGGGGGGACUUCAAGAGAUGAUGUUUUGAGGAGAUAAAACAGAUUAAGAUGUACUAACAGUGGAAACAAAAGGAUCUGUGACCUCGCCCCUGCUCCUGUUUACCUCCUCGUCAGGGUUUUGACUUGAUUAACGGACCACGCAGAGAUCAAAGUUGAAAUGGCCGAAGAGGAGCUGCUGGAGCGUCUCGUCAUCACCGAAGACGGAGACGCAGCAGUCGCUGAAGGAGAAGCGACGAGCAGCUCGGAUGCCGUCGCACGGAGCUGUAGAGAAGAAUCUGCUCUCAAAGAGGAAGAGAAGCGCACAAGAGAGGAAGAGAAUCCAGAAGAUAUAGCAAGUAAACUGUGUUCGGGGAGACAACAGGCCAACACAGAGGAAGAUGACACGAGAGAGGAUGGACCAGAGGACAUAGAUGAUGGACAGAACCGAGGUGACAGUGAGGGUGAAGGGCAGACACAUGAAGGGAUGGUGGUUCAAGAAAAACCAGAGGAACCCAGUAACACAGAGGAUGUGACAGAAAGUGACCCCCAAGCGGACACAAAGAGGUUAAAUUCUUCUGAGGAACAACGUGAAGGGGAACCAAACCCAGAAGAGGAUCCAAAAAAGGCUCACCGGUUAACCCCUGACUUCCCGGAGGCGCUGUACGAGCUGCUGUGCACCCUUCAGGAGGGCAGGCGGCUCAACGACCAGCGCUGCUCCUUCAGGAUGGAGAGCGGGAUGAGGCGGAGGAGGUGCCACUCUGAGCCCAACACCACCAAGCCAGUCAACAGAGUCGUCUUUUCCUCCAUGACUUCGCUGCAGAAAGAGGAGUUUUUUGAGCUGGUGGCCACUGCACAGGCCCGCCGGCUGGAUGAUCAGAGGGCGCAGCUCGAAAGGUCCCCGCCGCCAAAACCAAAAACCAGAAGCUUCAGAGGCAGCAUAAAACAACUGUCUUUUGUGAAAAAGCCUGCACCAGUUCCUGUGCCCAAAGAGGAUCUGUAUAAUAUGAUUCUCACCACACAAGCCCAGGGCCGGCUGGAGGACCAGCGCAGCAGAGCUCCGGGCCCCAUGGACGACGAGGACUUCUUCUCCCUGCUCCUGAGGGUUCAGGGGGGACGCAUGGACGAGCAGAGGACUGAACUACCACGCUUGCUGCAAACCUGAGACGGAAAACGAGAAGCUGUGGGGGCUACUGUUGGAGGCAGCCAGCAUCGUAGCCUUUUUGCUUUGGUUUCCUAUUUGUCGUUUGGGGAGCUGUCGUCCCUCUUGUCGGUCAGUGUUAAAGUUGUCAAGGCUGUAGCAACAACGCUAAGCUUUUGGUGUAAGUUAAAGGACGUUCCUGAUGAGAAGUUUACUGCUUUGUUCUGUUUCCUAGUGAACAGGAUUGUUAGAAAUGCUUUCUUACUGGAUAAUCUUGUAUUUUAUUGAAUGUCUGCAAUGAGCUGUUGAGUGGUUGCUGUGUGUGUGCAGGUUCCUGAUGUGGAGGAUCUCCAUUGUCCUCCUUAUUUGUAUGGUAGAUAAAGUGAUGGCACAUGGUGGGGGGCUCCGGAGCCACUUAGUACUUGUCUGUAUGCAAAUAAUAAUUCUCCUCCAUACAAUAAACCAAAUGAGCAUUUGAGAAA